AUGGACUGGGGUCGCCGCCGAGCAUGCCCGUGCGGGAUGUGCGAGGGUGCUUCGGCGCACGGACGGGGAGGAUGGCGUCAGAGUCGUCUGCUAUGCGGCGUUUCUGGCUGGCGUGCAGAGGCAUCGGUGAGAAGGCACACGAGUCGGGACACAGGCACGGAGGAGAACAGCCAGAGAGAGCUGCACGUGGUCCGUGUGGCAGAUCAACGCCCUCGACGCGAUCGCAGGCCCCAACAUGUCCCGCAAGCGGCCGCCCACUUCGCACUCAACGCUCCCCUUCCCAACGCCUGGUUGGCUCAGUUGGUUAGAGCGCAAGUCUCAUAUGCUCAUAUGAGUGAUCAUUGA